ACGAAAAAUAAGGAGACUAAAGAAACGAAAAAAAUUCUUGCAGAAUUUCUAAAACACGGCCGUAAAAAGCAACUUUUAAGAAAUUUUCGAUUUUUUGAAAGAAAAUAACAAAAUAAAAAAUGUCCGGAUACAUUGCCAGAAAAGGUCCCAUGGUUUUCUCCAGCUUGGGAAAAUGGGCUUAUAACUUGUCGGGAUUCAAUCAAUACGGUUUGCACCGUGAUGAUUGCUUGUACGAAAACGAAGAUGUUAAGGAAGCAAUCCGUCGUCUUCCCCGUAACUUGUAUGAUGAACGUAACUACCGUAUUAUGCGUGCUUUGCACUUGUCUAUGACCAAAACUGUUUUGCCCAAAGAGCAAUGGACCAAAUACGAAGAAGAUGUUAAAUAUUUGGAACCCUACUUGAAGGAAGUCAUCAAAGAACGUGAAGAACGUCAAGAAUGGAACAACAAUCACUAAAUGGCCAAAUAAAGGGGCUUGUGAUGUACAAGUUUUAUUUUGUAAUUAUUAAACUAUUUUCUUUUAAAAUUGCUAUUAGGAAAAAUUCUCUAACGGAGAUGCUAAUAUAAACUAAUUUAAUAAUAAAAAAAGUUUAAACAAAA